GUUCGCUUCUCGCCAACCUGAUCAGCUUGCUCGAGCGUGAUCAGUCUGUAUCUACCUCUAGACUCUCCGCCAUGGUUGGAAUCCCCCGGAGUCGUGGCUGCGCGCUGUGCCUCAAGCGAGCUGUCAAGUGCGACGAGGUACGCCCUUCAUGCGGCCAAUGCCGCAAGGGCGACCGCGACUGCCCUGGGUACGACCGUGGGAUGAUGUUUGUCGACGAGGGUCCAAGACUGCGCCGGGCCCGGAAGAAGUCGACAGCCUCCACCACGAAGAACAAGAGCCAGAGUCCUGGCACAUCUCCACCUCACCUCCGCCUGAGCACCAAGGCGAUGCUGGUGUCCCAGCCCCGAUCCCCAAAGCUCGAGCAGUCGCAGCUUCUGGCCUCCUUUGUCGCCUCCAUGUUUCCCCUGGGAUCGGCGUCUGGCUCGUACAUGGGCAGCUGGCUGUGGCACGUGCCCACCCAGUUUGGCCACAGCGAGGCUCUCGACUGUGCAUCCAUGUCGCUGGCGCUUGUCUAUUUCUCCCAGCAGGACCCCACAGCCUACCACCGAGCUCAGUAUGCCUAUGGGCGUGCACUCCGGGCCCUGCGGUCGGCCGUGGCCAGCCCGGAUACGGCUCUGUCGGCAGAGGUUGUGGCGGCUACGAUGCUGCUGGGCUACUACGAGACUGUGGCCAGCGUUGACAAUGCAUGGGUUCGGCAUGCCGGCGGUGCUGCCCACCUCAUCAAACUGCGUGGCCCGAGCCACUGCUACGAAUCUGCAUUCGAGUACUCCAUGUUUCUGGCUAUGCGGUCUGGCCUGACCACAGAAGCGUUGCUGUCCGGCACACCGACCUUUCUCGACUCUCCAGAAUGGCGAGCAGUGCCCCCUGGCCUCAUCGAGUUCCCCCUUCUGCCACGGUUCGCGGGACUAGGCGACGAGUUCUUCAUCCUCGCCGCCCGCCUGGCCAACGUCCUCCACCAGGCCAAGCAACCUGAAUGCGACGAUCAUAACACGUAUAUGGACGCGACCAAGCUCCAGGCCGACUGGAUCCGGUGGUGCGAGGCCUUCACCUCGUACGAGGACGGCCUGCGGAAGCCUGUACUCGUCCACACAACGCCGCAGAACUCGCCCGGCGCGGACGUCUCGGCGGAAGCGAUAUACACCUACCACGACACUGCCUCGGCGACCAUGAUCACCACAUACUUUGCGUACAUGAUUAUGCUCAACGACCUGAUGAGCCGGGUGGAUCUGGCGGCGCAGAGCAGCGACCCGACAACAACAACAACAACAACAACAACAACAACAACAACAACAACAACAACAACAACAACAACAACAACAACAACAACAACAACAACAACAACAACGGCCGGCACGGAUUACGGCAGGGAGAAUGAAUGCCUGGCACGGUCCAUUGCCAUGUCCGUGCCGUAUUGCUGGCAGCUCGGGUACUGCGGCGUGACGACGCUGCAGACCGUGCUUGCGCUGAUGAAGAAUUUGCUGCCCGACGGGGAGCAGGCUUGGCUUGCGCAGUGUGUUGCCAGUGGUCAGAUGGUCGCGAGGGCAUAAGAAUUGCUGUUACGGAAUAGAUUUAUAUUUUGGGAAUACAUCUACUGGCUUCCUACACGUAGCUGGUCUUCGUGCUCAUGUGGCAGACCUUCUUUAGUACCC